UUCAGUAGUAAUUUGAUGUGUGUCCCCGGGGACAUUUGAUGGAUUAAAGCUAAGCAGCUCCAUUUCGCAGCACCACCUGAUCUUCCACUGCCUGUGCCCCAUAUAAAGGCUGGCGUGAUUGCUGAUCUCAGCUAGUCUGACAGUCUCUCUCUCCCUCUCUCUCUCCCUCUGCUCUCUUUCUGUCUCUAGCUCUUCUCUUUCUCUCUGGUCCCUUAAGCCUGCUGCAUCACAGGAGCUAUCCAGUGCUGAACAGGAUUUUUUUUAUUUUUUUGAAAGCUGGGGGAGCCAUAGAGUAUCACACAGCAUCGCCGUCAGCCUUGUUCUCCUCUGGUUUCCAUUUUCUUUCUUCUCUUAUGUUCUUGGAGGUUGUCUUUACGUUUAACACGAGGAUUACCACCAAGCCAUCUCUGCUUGUUUGCUUUCUUUGGGGGUCUUUUCUGUUCUCCCAUGUGUUUUUCUCGGCACUGUGUUUCCAUUCUUUGAAACAUGCCCCGUUCGUUUUUGGUUAAGAAGAUCAAGCUCGAUGAUUUCUCCUCGUCCAAUGUCUCCAACCACCAUCAUCACCUGGACGACUCGUUCACUUUCGCACGCUCCAUCACAGACUCGGUGACCAGCCUGGGAGUCCGUCUCAGCGAGAAUGGAUACAUCCAGGAUUACAUCACGCCAUCUGUAUACCAGGGGGAGAAGAAGGUGGAGCUCAAGCUGGCAUCUCCAGUCUCUGAUCCCCUUUACACCCAGGUGAGCAGCGGGGGUGAGGAGUAUUGCGACCCUGACCUGGAGCACCCUGACAGCCCCCAAUCUGGCAUGACGGCCAGCGGCUUUUACAGCGGUGAGUCGGAGGCCCUGACUGAGGGCUACACCAUGGAUGCCUUCUUCAUCUCCGACGGGCGCUCCAGGCGGAAGGGAGACGGUGAGAGCCGUGGGGCAGGAGCGAAAGGCAGCACGGCGUCCAGCGCAGAGGAUCAAGAGCGGGAGGCCGGCACUGGGACGGCCCGUCACACCUGCAAUGAGUGCGGCAAGACGUACGCGACCUCCUCCAAUCUCAGCAGGCACAAGCAGACACACCGCAGCCUGGAUAGCAAGAUGGCGCGCAAGUGUCCCACCUGUGAUAAGGUGUAUGUGUCCAUGCCUGCGCUGGCGAUGCAUAUCCUUACCCACGAUCUCAAGCACAAGUGUGAUGUGUGCAGCAAGGCCUUCAGCCGGCCCUGGCUUCUGCAGGGCCACAUGCGCUCGCACACUGGGGAGAAGCCCUUCGCCUGCGCCCACUGUGGCAAAGCCUUUGCUGACCGCUCAAACCUCCGCGCCCACAUGCAAACACACUCUGCCUUCAAGCACUACCGAUGCAAGCGCUGCAAUAAGACCUUCGCUCUCAAGUCCUACCUGAACAAGCACUAUGAGUCAGCCUGUUUCAAGGGCUCCGCAGACGAAGAUGACUCUGGCUCUGAGAACUAACUGACUAACCCCAGGAAGGAAGCAGAAUUUGAACCCCCACUGUAGGUUCUUAACCAAUAACCCCCUUCACUCUGCCCUCCAUGCCUUUUUUCUUCCCUUUUUUAGAAAGCAAUAUUUUCACUGAGAUUACGUGAAGAAACUAUAAUUAUGGCAAAGACAUUUUCAAAAGAUGCUGGAUUUUUUUCCCUGCACAGUAGCUAAUCGUCCACAGAAACAUACAAUCGAACCCCCAUUCCCUGAAUAGAAACUGUAGUUGUUAGUUCACAAAUAACUAACAUGUACACACCAACUCAUGUGACCACAUACACACACACAUACACAACACACAUAUGCACACACACACUCUCACAAUUAUAUAUGAGGCCUGGCAUGUGAAUUUUUAUCAAUGACUAUAAUGAUAUUGAUAUCAAUAGUAAUAAUAUUUAGAUUCCUGAUAUUUUAUAGCAAAUAGAUUGGGAAAAUGAAAAAAAAAACUACAUAAAAAGGACUGUAACAGUGUUCUUUUGUUUUCUAGACAAAAAUGACCUCUUGUAUUUUUAUGCUGCUUUUUAUUUGCUAAGAAUUGAAUUCUUUUGCAACUGCCAACAUGAACUUUUUAUGAAAAUGUGAACUAUGACAGUAUUUGCAAAAAAAGGGAGAUAAUUUGAAAGUAAAAAACAUACCCUUUUGUCACCUAUAUAUGUUUUAAUUCAAUGGAUGCUAUUUUUCUAAUGUCAGUUAAAAUUUCUUAUUUUUUGUGCCAAUUAUCUAUUGAUGAUCAAAUUCAAAAGUAUCUUUGUAACUGUGGGUAUUCAGUGGAUAGCUUUGUGGACAAACCAAUAUUCAGGCAAUUAAAGAAGCUUGACCAAGGGUCAUGUUCAGUUUUAUCGGAGCAGAUGUUUGAUGUUAAAGAGAUCUGUUGCGGUAUUACAAGACAUGAUCAAAGUACCAUUCUUCACCACACUGAUAACUAUCACGGGGAGCCAAACCAAAUGAUCUGUUAAUAUAAGUGCCAUGUGCAGUGACCUGUCUAUAGCAAUGAAAACCCCCUCUGUUCUUCCUCCACCCUGGUGGCUUGCAUGAACUCACCUGCCACCUGUAUGGUGCUUCCCUCAGACUCAAUAAGCAAUGUUCAUCACUCCUUGAGGUGCUCCACACUCCUCCACAAUUACCUCACGUAAAAGAAGGUAUGAACUCAUGCACCCUCAGUUACAAAGUAACUGUCCAGUCACCCUGUUUGUGUGUUGCUGAAAGCUCUCUCCACCAUUUUGGUGUAUGGCAUCCAACUAUCUUGUAAAUAAUCUUCUGAAUUUAAUUAUUCAUUUAUUUAUUAAUCUAUUUAUUUGUUUGUUCAAUUAUUUAUAUUUUUCUGUAUUUACUUAUUUAUUUGAUUAUUUAUUGACCUCUCUUAAUUUAUUCAUUCAGUCAUUAUUUGUCUAUUCUUAAGUUGGAAUAUAACCAUCCAUUGACCUUGUAAGAUGCUGCUGAUCUUCAAAGAAAAUGUUUAUAUGCAUGAAACUGUAGAGAGUCCAAGGGACGUAGUUUUUUAAAGAGGAACAAUGUAUAAUAUCAGCGGUACUUCAAACAAAUGAAUGCAGACUAUAUUUGUUUCACGGCAAUAACUUCACUGGUACGGCAAUUGACAUGUAUAAUAAUCAUAGCUGUCCUGUUUGCAGUCAAUUUAGGGCAAUAAAAUGAAACAAAUGAACAAGAAAUGCUAAUCCUUCAAGUUGCUGUUUCCAAAUGUAAAAGUCCAAUGCCACAGAGCACAUGACUGCUGACUGCGAAUACCAUGCAAUAAUGUCAAGAGAUGUUACACCUUACUGAAAAGUAUUGUAAGUGUCCCAUGUAAAUUGGUCCAUUAUUUUCCCUAGGUGGACAGGCAAUAAUAAUAAUUGAAAAGGAAUUAUGACUUUUUUUCUUUUUUUCCUGAGACCCAGAUUGCCUUUCUGAUUUUCCAGGUCUUAAAAUAAUGGAUCUGACAAAUGAUUGGUAAAGGAGUGGUGUUUCUGCUCAUUGUUACUUGCUCAAUGUCACCACUGACAAAGUCAGUACACUGGUUUGACCACAUCUGGCAAAUAUACAUACAAAGUUAGGUCAAUAAGAGAUGGUUUACUAAAGUACAGGGGAUUCGGAUAUACUCGUCAUUAUGAAUAGCACUAUCAACAAGGCAUGGUUAACAGAAGGGUGAUACUUGCUUGCUUGGUGGUGCUGUGGUCAAGAUAGAGUGUAGCAUUCACCAUUGAGAAAAUGCUCUCAAGCCACCACUAUUUCCAAAUGAAUGCUGUGUGGGUUUGAAAUUAUGGAGUAGAUGAAGACAGAAAAAGAAAGUCAAUGGAAAGUAUUAUUGUGCAUGGAUGGUAUUACAUGUAAAAUGUUCUGAGAAAAAAUAAUAUUUUUCAAAGAAGGCCUUUGUUUCAUACAGCAAUACACUACAUUUCCCCCUCUCCAAUUAUGCCCCUCCUUCUCUCAGCACAUCCCACCUUGGCCCAACAGUUUGUGAUCAGACGUGUGGCAUAUUCGAAGCACUCAAGUGGGAUUGGUGGAGGGUUAUAGCAUGUGGGAGGAUAACAGGUGUUUUUAGACAGACUGCAGAUAGGGAGAGUAAUUGAGUUGGUGAGUGACCUCCGAGGGGAAGGUCAAGCACCAGCAGGCAAAUGCACUGUCAGCUAUUUGCAUAUUCUAAAUGGAUGACACAAUAACAGUAAUGGUGAGCUCACUUUAAAACCUGUGAAAAAUAAACUACUGUAUGAAUCUAUAUUUCAUUAUUCCACUCAGUUUUACUACCGUUCCACCUGUCAAUCUCUGCGCAUCAUGUGAUCAUGGUUGUCCUGUAUGAGUUGUUCAGAGUCUCCUCAGAAUAUCAUAGCACAGCCAUGUACACCAUCAAGGUCAUUGAUUUCUAAUUUUGUAGCCUAACAAUGAACACUGUUCAGGAAGCUUGCCUCCCAAUAUUCACACUGAGAGAUUAUUCUUCCCUCUUGAUGCAGGGUUCUGUGUCUGCUCAGAGAAAUAUCCUAAUCAAGUUGCAUCCGUAACUGCGACUGAUUAAUAAAAUCAAACUUUAAUCAUUGAAACGCAGGUGAUGAAAAGAGAUUUGACUGAAACUUGGUGGAACAUUUGAAUGAUAACAUUGUUCCUCUUUGAUGAUUUUGUAUAUAUAUUUGUAAAUAUAUCACAGCAAUAAUAUGGCAAUGCAUGUGGACAUUUAAAUGAUCUUUGUUAAUUUCUAUUGUCUUUUGUAAAGAAGACACAUACUGGUACCAAUUGCAUUCUAGGUGGCAAUGAGAAUCAGGGAGGAUAUGGAAUAAAAGUUAUUUGAUGUAGGUUACCAACAAAAACUCCAAAACUCAGUGUAUUCUGAAAGAUUUGACCUUGUUCUUUUGAAUUAUAUUUUCAUGUUUUUUUUUGUUGUUCUUUUUACGUAUGUGUUUGGCUGCGCAGUAAUGAAAAGUGCCAAAAAAGUAUGAUUUCCAUGACAAAAGCCUUCAACAUAUGGUGGGCCGCUUGAAACCUUCCAUAUGGUCUCAAAACACUCAUUUAGAUU